UACAUCAUGAUCAUUCAUUCAUCCCAUACCAUUAUGUUAGCCCUUUCAUGCACUAGCUAACUAUCCAAACCGCGUCAAACAAACCUCACGAGAAUCACAAAACCUCACUUUUCUCUCUAUAAAGAAAAAACCUACCUCACAAUAAUAAUAAUAACAACAACUACAUAUCUCACACAACACAAAAUGCUAUCAUUCAACACUAAUGAUCUCAAAUUCCCAUAUAUUUUUCUUAUCUUUAUGAUCAUCAUUUCCAUGGCAGCAGCCGGCAUCGGUGGAAGAAAAGUUGACCUGGCAAGCGGUGGUGCACCAUCUGGUGCAAGUGGUUCGGGCCACGGCCCGAACUGGGACUAUAACUGGGGAUGGGGAUCAGCACCAGGAAGUGGUUGGGGUUACGGUUCAGGGUCAGGACAUUCUCCUUCUGGUUUUGGUAGAGGUUAUGGAUUUGGUUUCGGAACCGGGUCUGGGUCCGGAUCCGGAUAUGGUUAUGGAUCUGGUAGUGGUGGUGCUCAUGGUGGUGGUUAUGGAAGUGGCUCAGGUAAUUCAGGUGGUGGUGCUCAUGGUGGUGGUUAUGGAAGUGGCUCAGGUAAUUCAGGUGGUGGAUGGAAUGGUGGUGCUCAUGGCGGUGGUUAUGGCAAUUCAGGUGGUGGAGGAAAUGGUGUUGGUAGAGCCAAUAAUAAGUCACCUUCGGAGUCUAAGGAUAAGACUAUCCAUGGAUAAUUAAUUAAAUUAGAGCUAUAUAUAGUUAGUGAUGUGUGUGCUUCCUCUUGAUAUAUAUAAAAAAACAAGUAUGAUAUUAAAAAUAAAUAUAUGAUUGUACUCUUUUCUUUUUCUUUUUUGGUAAAUUAAGAAUAUUGUACUCUUAUUACUAUAAGAAAAAAAGAAUAUAUGACUGUACUAGACUACUAGUACUCUAUAAAAAUA